ACCUAAGUCUCAUCACAACCUACUGCAUAGCUGGUUGGUGACAGAAGUUGUUCUCGAUUCCUUCAAUCCACAGAUUGGCACGAUGAUUUUAUGCUACGCUGUUAUACUCUUGGGAAUUAUUUCCCUUUCAUUUGCCGGUAUGUCAAAUAUCACAUGGUGUACAAUCUCCGAAGCAGAAUUAUCAAAAUGCAACGAUUUGGGAAAGGCAAUGUCGCACGAACCCUUUAUCUUCCAAUGUAUAAAGAAAGACAGUGAUGAAGCAUGUCUGACUGCUAUCAAGAAUAGAGAAGCAGAUGCUAUAACUGUGGAUGGUGGAGAUAUCUACAAGGGAGGCCUAGUGCCCGAACCACGCCUGAAACCAAUUGCAGCCGAGAAUACCACUGAGGGCUCCUGUUAUUAUGCUGUAGCAGUAGUAAAGCAAAGGAGUGACUUUGGCUUCCAUGGUCUACUGGGCAAAAGAUCCUGCCACACUGGCAUUGGUAAAUCUGCUGGCUGGGUCAUCCCGAUAGGAACCAUUCUUAGAUACAACUUGACAUCUUGGAACAGAACGUCUCCAAUUGAGGAAGUUGUACGAAAGUUCUUCUCCUCCAGCUGUGUCCCAGGUGCCAGUCCAGAUUUCCCUGAGCUGUGUGCACUGUGCAACGGAACAGGGGAGAACCAUUGCAAGAGAUCACAUGUUGAACCCUACUACGAUUACUCUGGAGCAUUUCAAUGUUUGAAAGACGAUGCUGGUGAUGUGGCCUUUGUAAAACAUAGCACAGUGCCAGCUGCUGAGAGGCAAAACUAUGAGCUUCUGUGCCUGAAUGGUACCCGAAAGCCAGUGGAAGAUUACAAGGAAUGUCACUGGGCUAAAGUGCCUGGUCAUGCUGUGCUGGUAAGAAGUGGGAGUGCUGAUGAUGAGAAGACCAGGGAGAUUCGGAGAUUCCUAACAAGAGCUCAGGAAUUAUUUGCGUCAUCAAGUAAAAACUCUUUCAAACUCUUUGACUCAACAAAAUAUGGACAAAAGAACUUGAUGUUCAAAGAUUCAACAGAGAACCUCAUACAGCUCCCAAAUGGGAUGGACUCUUUGCUAUAUCUCGGCAGUGAAUAUGCAAAUGCUAUACGGACUCUUCAAAAUGAAAGUGAGAGUCACUCGAAUCCUUCAGAGAUACACUGGUGUACCAUUGGAGACCUUGAACAACAGAAGUGUAACACCUGGGGGGCAGUAAAAUGUGUAAUGGGCCUCAGUGCUGAAGACUGCAUCAAAAAGAUUAUGUUUGGAGAUGCUGAUGCAGCAAGUCUUGAUGGCGGGGAGGUCUAUACUGCAGGAAAGUGCGGUCUUGUCCCAGUCAUGGCAGAGUAUUAUAAUAAAACUAAUCUUGAGCCAUGCAAAUCCACAGGCAUGAAUGACCAAAUCAAGAUACCCUCUUACUUUGCUGUGGCGGUUGUAAAGAAUACUAGCCUGAACUGGGAGACACUGAAGGGGAAAAAGUCCUGUCACACAGCUGUUGGCCGGACUGCUGGCUGGAACAUUCCGAUGGGAUACCUGAUUUCAGAGAGGAAAAUCAACGCUUGCGAUGUUUUUAAUUCAACAUAUUUCAGUCAGAGCUGUGCCCCUGGAGCGAAUGCUGCCCUGCACCCAAAUCUGUGCUCUCUGUGUAUUGGAAAUGAAAGUCAAAAUUCAACGGCACCAACAGACAAAUGUGUGGCCAACAGCAAUGAGAGGUACUACAGCUACAGCGGCGCCUUCAGGUGCCUUGUGGAAGUAGGUGAUGUUGCAUUUGUUAAACAUACCACGGUGUCGGAGAACACUGACGGUAAUGGAAAGCUUAACUGGAAUCAGAAUCUGAAAUCUUCAGAUUAUCACCUCUUGUGCAAAGAUGGUACUACAGCCCCAAUUGAUCAGUUUAUGAACUGCCAUUUGGCUGAUGCCCCAUCACAUGCUGUUAUGACCCGAUCAGAUAAGAGAGCAAAAGUUCUCCAACUGUUGAAGAAUGAGCAGUUGAAACAUGGUCGUGGUGGAUCUGAGGAAAACAACUUCUCCAUGUUUGAUUCAACAAAGUUUUCUGGGAAGGAUCUCCUAUUUAAAGACUCCACUCAAUGCCUCAUUGAAGUCCCAGAUGGUGAUUACAAAACGUACCUGGGUGACAGUUACAUCAGUAUAAUGGAAGGACUCCAGUCCUGUGAACCCCUUGAGCUUCUGGAAGCUUGUUCCUUUAAAACCUGCUGAAGCCCAUAGUGAUGACUUUGGGAGGACUUUCCAACGAUGACCAGGAAUUUCUUCAUUCUUUCCAUUGAUGCCUGUCCAACUGCAAUGAUGUUCAUGUAAUGCUUGCUUGAAUAGUCUUCUGUAUGUAACAGAUUUGCUAUAGAUAAUGAUGAGCUACGCUGCUAUUGAAAACAUAGUUGAUUCUAACCCUAUAACACAAAAUAAAAUAUCCAUGGUAAUAA